UCCCAAGACCCUUCUACGCCGCUAUGCCAUCUUCUUUGCCAUCUUCGCUUUCGCUUAUUCGCUCGUUGAAGCCGUCUUCGUUCGUCAAGCCCAAACCCGGGAAAGCGGCAAAGAACCACCCCCUCUGGGAAAGGAGAAAAUAUACAUCGCUGGUAUACAUUGGACGAACGAAAGAAUCCUACGCAGUCACUGGAACGCCGCGGUUGUCUCCAUCGCGAAAGCGAUCGGUCGCGAAAAUGUCUUCGUCAGUAUACAAGAGAGUGGGAGUUUGGAUGAUACGAAAGGAGCCUUGAGGAGCUUGGAUUCCGAACUCGCACAUGCCGGCAUAUCGCGAAGAAUUAUUUUGGACAAUACUACUCAUGUCGACGACAUCUCUCGCACUCCUGAGCCGGGAGAAAAGGGGUGGAUAAAGACGAGUAGAGGAAAAUCAGAACUCCGGAGAAUCCCAUACCUCGCGAAUCUUAGGAAUCUGGUGAUGCAACCCAUGUAUGAAAUGCAAGAGAAGGGAUUGCGAUUCGAUAAAGUGCUGUUCUUGAACGAUGUUGUCUUCGAUGAUAUGGAUGUGAGGAGGCUGUUGAAUACCAGAGCUGGGAACUACGCUGCGGCGUGUUCUUUGGAUUUCGCGAAACCUCCGGCGUUCUAUGAUACUUUCGCUCUCCGAGACGUGGAAGGCUACAACAAAUUGAUGAAGACUUGGCCAUAUUUCCGAAGUCAGAAGUCGAGAAGGGAAGUGAAAGCCAGUCGACCAGUCCCGGUCAAGAGCUGUUGGAAUGGAAUUGUGGCAAUGGAUUCCGAGGCAUUCUACGGUCGCUCGCUACAAUUUCGGGGCGUGGAUGAUAGUCUUGCUGAAUAUCAUAUCGAGGGCUCAGAAUGCUGUCUCAUACAUGCCGAUAAUCCUUUUAGCUGGAAGAAAGGAGUUUGGGUGAAUCCGAUUGUCAGAGUCGGGUAUUCUGGAGAGGCAUAUGAGGCUAUGCAUAAUUCGGGAGUUUCCACUUUCAGGGUCAUUUAUGGGUCUUGGAUGAAUCGGAUCUGGAGAUGGACUAGCGCUGGAAUGAUUGUCAUGGCCAUUGAAGCGGCAUCCCAGCUGGCGGAUCCAAACGAAGAGGUUCUCGGGGAGGUGGAGCCGUUGCAAGUCAUGCUUGAGAAUGAUCUGCUCUAUACGUUCUAUCGAGGUGCAUUCGGGGCAUCUUACAACUCCAACUGUGCCGAAUAUGUCGGUCUGAUCGCGGAUAAAAGACCCGGUCUCAGCAUUCUCGAGACCGGCGCGGGAACUGGCGGUACUACUGGCCAUAUUUUGGGCAGGCUGCGUCACGGAGACUCUUCGAAGGCAUCGCGAUACUACUUCACCGAUAUCUCACCUGGGUUCCUUGCCAAGGCAGCAGAUCGCUUCGUCAGAGACGCUUCAGUCAUGGAAUUUGGCACCUUGAACCUUGAACAGGACCCAUUGGAGCAGGGUUUCGGGGCAGAAAGCUUCGACCUCAUCGUCUGCGCCAAUGUGCUGCAUGCUACCAAGAGCAUCCAGGAGACGUUGGAACACUGCAAGACUUUGCUCAAGCCCAACGGACAGCUGGUUCUAUCCGAGGUGACUAUCAAGCGCAUCUUCUGUGGUUUCAUUAUGGGGCCUCUUCCGGGUUGGUGGCUUGGUGAGGACGAUGGUCGUAAAGGUGGUCCAUUGCUCGAUGUACCUGAGUGGGAUAGCGCUCUACAGAAAGCUGGCUACUCUGGGGUUGAUCUGGACAAUGGCAAGAGCCUCUUCUUGCUGAAAUCACUGAUGGUGACUGGAAUACCAUACGCAAACUCAUUCGAUUGCCCUGAGCCCCAUAAAUCGCUCAUGGUCGGUCUGUCUCGCGCAAUCCGCAACGAGAAUGCUGGGGUCUUACUCGCAACUCUGGAUAUCGACACUCUGGAGAAUAUUGACGUCGCCGCGUCCGCUGCAGCUAUCAUCAACGUGAGCAUGGCGCACAGCAGCAGUGAAGGCGCUGAUGGAGAGUUCGCUGCUCGAGGCUCUACAAUCUACAUCCCUCGUGUAGAGCGCGCCACCAGCGUCGACAAGAGCCUUCAAAAGUACGAAGCGAAAGGAGAGCCAGAGCCCACAUCAUUCAUAAGCUGUGGCCGUCCUCUUAAGCUCACGAUCCAGACUCCUGGUCUGCUUGACACUUUCCGAUGGCAGGAAGAUGAGACAUACUACACGCCGCUUCAAUCGGACUGGAUCGAGAUUGAAGUCAAGGCCGUCGGACUGAAUUUUAAAGACGUUCUCGUUGCUCUCGGAAAUCUCAAUGAGAACAAGCUCGGCGUCGACGUUGCUGGCGUCGUUACUAGAGUUGGCCCCAGUGUCUCGGGCUUGAAGCCUAGCGAUCGAGUUAUAACAGCUAGCUGCGAUACCUUUGCUACAUAUUAUAAUGCUGGAGAAGCACUGCGGCAAUCGUGGCACUGCUUGGCCAAAUUCGGUCGAUUCUUGGAGAUUGGAAAGGCAGAUCUCUUCGCCAACACCGGCCUGGACAUGAAGCCUUUCCUGGACAACAAGUCAUAUAUUGGCGUCAAUCUCCUCGACUUCGAGAACAACCCCACCCCUCGCGCAGUCAAACUGUGGAACGACGUUGCUCGCUUGAUUGGUGACGGAGUACUGAUGCCCGUACACCCGGUGCAGCAAUUCACUUUCUCGGGGGUGGAGAAGGCUUUCCGAUACAUGCAGACAGGCAAGCACAUGGGAAAAGUUGUUGUUCGUGUGGACGAGACAGACAUAGUACCUGCCGUGCCGCGCCCACCCAAGGUCGGCAUUCAAGAAAACGCUACAUACAUAGUCGCUGGUCUGGGCGGCAUCGGUCGUGAGAUCGGUCGCUGGCUGGCAGAAAAGGGGGCCAAGCAUCUCGUAUUCCUCUCCCGAUCCGCUGCUUCUGGAGCUGGCAACAAAGCCUAUGUCGAAGACUUGCGCAAGACCUACAACACUAAUGCCACUGCUUUCGACUGUAAUGUCGGCAACAGGGCUGCAUUGCAGACGGUGCUGCUCAACAUCAGCCAUCUGCCUUCAAUGAGUGCAGAUGACCUCCGUAUCACAGUUGGACCCAAAGUUCACGGCACCUGGAACCUUCACGACCUGCUGCCUCGUGACCUGGAUUUCUUCAUCAUGCUGUCUUCGCUUGCAGGCACAAUGGGUCACAGAGGACAAGGUAACUAUGGCUGCGGCAACAUUUUCCAGGACUACUUCGCAUCGUACCGACGAUCUCUCGGUCUGCGAGCCAUGACGAUCGACAUCGGCUAUCUGCUCUUCGUCGGCUUCGUCGCUGAGAACGACGAGUACGUCGACCACGUCAAAGCCAUGGGUCUGAAAGUCAUGCACAACUCCGACUUGCACGGCCUCAUCGCCACUGCGAUGGAAGGCUCAGAGGCACAUCCUCCCGAGGUCAUGUGUGGUCUACCAUUCAACGAGUAUGAGCCUCAAUGGUACUGGAUGGCAGACAACAGGUUCGCUGGGCUGCGAAAUCUUUCGAAUGGCCGCUCGUCCUCGUCUGCUUCAGCCGUCUCACUAAAGGAUGAGCUUUCGCGCUGCUCUGAUCUUGGAGCGGCGGUAGACAUGAUCACCACAGCUAUGUGCGAGAGACUUGCGAGAUUGAUGAUGAUUCCCGCCGCUGAUGUCGAUGCCAACAAGCCUCUCAGUGUUUAUGGCGUGGACAGUCUUGUUGCUGUCGAAGUCAGGAACUGGAUCGCUAAGGAGAUGCUUGUUGAAAUUUCGGUGUUUGAUAUCAUGGCUAAUGUGCCUAUGAAGCAGCUGGCGCGAGACUUGGCAGGGAAGAGCAAGGUUUUGGGUCAUGUUCGCAAGGAGUAA